AUGAAGCAAGUCCUCGAGAGCUGUGACUGGUGUUUGCCAAGAGUUCGGAAGCGAAAUCCGGUGACAGUGAGCUUCAUUGCAGCGCCUGGAAAGCACCGGCCAGAUGAGCUCAAUGCGGAGCGGCUUAUCUCCCAGCUCCCUCCACCACUGAAGAAGCAUUUAUGGCUGAAGACGCCGAGUUUCCGGCGCAAACUAGCCGGCCAGGCUCAGCAGCUCAUCGAUGCUGCCAUACAGGACGACCCGGAGAAUAUGCAGAUGAUCAAAGCAGCCAUUCAGCAAGGUGUCGAAAAUCUGAACCACGAAGCGGAUUUGCAUCCCUUGGAGUUCCAGCAGUCACUCAAGGACCUGGAGAGGAUUGAGCGAGCACUCAAGGCUGCGAGGGACAAAUGGGUUUCUCCAGAGCAAGUCUGA